AAGAAUUACUAUGAGCCUAACCUUGAGAGAACCCGGUUGGUGGUGCAUAUAUAUACCUGUUGAGGGCGAGUGUAAGGAGCAGUCAAUACGAGAGGAGAGCCCAGACCAUCUCCACCAUGAACCAAACGAAGCUCCUGCUGGUGCUCCUGCUGGCCGUCUCCGCCGCCCUCGCCAGCCCCGACCCUCACAAGUUUAAGGGCGGCUAUGGUGGAGGCGGUUACCAGGCAGCUCCCGUCUACUUUGUCCCCGUCCCAGUUUACUAUGGCGGCUACUACGGCGGCUAUGGCGGUUACUACGGCGGCUACGGAGGCGGCUACGGAGGCGGCUACGGAGGAGGGUAUAAAGGGAAAAAAUUUGGAAGGUAGCUUUAACCAGAGAGUGAGUUAGUCUUGGUAAACUUGCCUGUUGAGUCUUGCCAGAAAUUCUCACCCUCUGCUCUCCCCUCGCUGUGUUCACGCGUGAAAGGUCUCUCCUCUACACUCCUCUGUCAAACCAAUAAACUUAGAUGACUGUGCA